UAAUACAAAAUACAAAAUACAAUAUUUAUAUCUGUGCACUGAGAUAGAUAAAAUAUACCUUUUAUACGUUUUUAUGUAAAAAUACUUAAAAUUAAAAUAAACAUGUCAUCCGAUUAUUGUCGUAUUUGUACAUCAAUUUUGCGUGAUUACUUUGGUCAAGAUGUUUCUGAAAUCGCAAAACCUUUACAGUGGGGUCAAAAAUCCCUGAUGACUUUGAGUACUAUGUUGGAUGGAAAAUAUCCUCGCCACUUGAUACAGGAAACUUUAAUUGUUUUAUUGCAAUUCAAUUUUGUAUCGGCAAUUUGUAAUGUUCACUCGGUACAAAUAGAAUACAAAUUAAAUAUGGAAAAUAUUUUAAUGAUUUUAAGGUAUCCAAAAUAUUUAUCAAUUAUUAAGAGGAAAUUUGGUAAUCAAUAUAAAGAACUAGUUGAAGCUUUACUUUGUCUUGGUCGUGCUUCUUUAUCAAAAAUUGUAAGUGAAUGUAUUAAAUUACAAAAUAAGACUGAUGAUUUGUACAAUAAUUAUUGGGAGAAAGCUAUUGAAUUAAUAAAAAAUGAAUAUUUCAAAAGAACACCCACAUACGUCGUUUGGACUGAAGUUAAACAAAAUAAAAUGUUUGCUCCUCCAACAAAAAAUCAAAAAGAUGCUGUUGUAAGAACAUUUGAUGAUACAAUUGUAGGUGAGGUAAUGUCUACAAUAUUAAGUCAAUGUGCUGACAGUAAUGCCCCAGUUUCAAACCCUAUAUCAUUGCAAUUAAUUAGAAGUAAUUUAUCUGUUGGUCAUAAUUAUUUAUUAGAAUAUAUAACAAUGAUAGAAGAAGAUCCAACUAAAUUUUUAUCUAAAUCUUAUGGUACAAUGUGUAACAUUACUGUUAAUUUUAAACAAAUAAUAAAUUGUUUAAAUGAUUCAAUAAUGGACCAAGUAGUAAGUUAUAAGUUUGGUGAGAGUUCUGCUAGACUAUUUAGAGCAACUAGAAGCAACAAACUUCUAGAACUUGAGCGCCUCCAACAAACUGCUUUGAUACCAGACCGUGAAACAAAAACAUUAACAUCUGAACUAUUUAUGAAUAAUUACCUUCAAGUUCAAGAAUUAAGAAAACCAAAUACUCGUUUAGGUCGAAAUGAUGGGAAAUCGUUUUAUUUAUACCAUUUAAAUGAACGUCAACUACAUCAAGAAUUAACAGAAGAAAUAUUAAAAAUGAUUGGAAACUGCAUGAUGUGGAAGUUUAAAACUUGUGAAGAUAAUAAGAGAUUACUAAAAAAUAAAGCUCGAUUUGAUGGUAUGGUUCAAGGAUUACAAGAUAAACAGGAAGCAGAUAAGGAUUUUUUUGAAGAAGCUAUGGACAAUUUAUUUUCACCGAGUGAACGAAUAUUACUUGACUCAAUAAAUAGACUGUUACGGAAAUGUCAGCUAAAUAUUAUGAGAUUAGACGUAUGUUUAUUUUUAUUUCAUAACUAUAAGCGUUACAAUGAAACUAUUAAAUAAUUGAUUUUAUAA